AUGGAGGUGGACUCGAUGGCCGGCCAGGACAUGGUCAUCAAUGCACAGACGAUCGCGCAGCAGGCGCAGGAAUCCGCCGAACAGAUGGACGUGGAGACCGAGGAUGGCAUGGUGCGCCCCAACUUUCCCGCUCUCAGCGCCCAGCAGCAGUCUGGAGGCAAGAACGACUUUCGUCGUGUGCGUGUGCCUGCUCACCGCUAUACUCCGCUUAAGAACGACUGGCCCAACAUCAUGAAGCCCAUCGUGGAGCACCUGAAGCUGCAGAUCCGUAUGAACACAAAGACGCGCUGUAUCGAGCUCAAGAACUCGCCGCACACGACGGACGCUGGCGCGCUACAGAAGGCCGCUGACUUUGUGCAAGCCUACAUGAUGGGCUUCGAAGUGCAGGACGCCGUGGCUCUGCUGCGUCUCGAGGACCUUUUCAUUGACACAUUCGAAGUGAACGAUGUCAAGAUGCUCAAGGGCGACCACUUGAGCCGCGCCAUCGGUCGUGUGGCUGGGCAGGACGGUAAGACCAAGUACGCCGUGGAGAACGCUACCCGUACGCGUAUCGUACUGGCCGACCAGAAGAUUCACAUCCUCGGUUCAUUUGCCAACAUCAAGCUCGCCCGUGACGCCAUUUGUUCGCUUAUCAUGGGCGCGCCGCCCGGCAAGGUGUACAACAAGAUGCGCAAUGUAGCUAGUAGAAUGAACGAGCGAUUUUAA